ACAACAAGAAGCGGCGGCGGCAGGUGUUUGAGUCGUCGCAGGCGGCAUCGUUUCUGAGAGAGAACAAGCGGCGGCCGGUGGGCAUGGCCGGUGCACCGAGCGGGCACGCGGCGGCGAGUCGGCAAUCGGCGGCGGCGGCAGUGUCGUCGCAGGCUGCAGCUACGUUGAUGGGCGGCUCGCUGCAUGGGGCUGUGAAGGGAGGCAGGGUGCCAGAGCGGGCUGAGACUGUCCGGGCGAGGGAGCGCAAGGCUGAGCGCCAGAAACAAAGCCGCAGAAGCCUCAAAAGGCCAAGGCGGCGCCGAAGCGGGCUACUGGUGAUGGCGAGAGCGCAGGGAGCGCGAGGAGCGAGGGAGCAACCGGAGCCGGUGAUGGCGGGCGGAGCGAGAAGCCGUUUAUGUCCAACGUCGGCGGCAAGAACAAGGUGUUCUCGUCGGGCCUGUUUGGCCCGCGCGAGGCCGAGGUGCUGCGGCACAAGGCUGCGUCGUCGCGUGGCGACGCCGAUGAGCUGGAGGAUGAUGGAACGGGCGGUGGGCGAAAGAACGAGAAGGUGUUCUCGGAUACAACUUCGUUUGAGGGCUUUGGCCUUGACGCGCGGCUGACGCAGGUCAUGGAGGCCAAGAUGGGCAUUGUCAAGCCGUCGACGAUCCAGUCGCGGGCGCUUGUCCCGCUCCUCAACCGCAAAGACACGCUCAUUCAGGCGCAGACCGGAUCGGGCAAGACGCUGGCAUACCUGCUUCCGAUUGUCAACGAUCUUCUCAACAUAGGCAAGCGGGUGACGCGGGCCGAUGGGACGUAUGUUAUUGUGCUUGUGCCGACGCGCGAGCUCGGGGCGCAGGUCUACGAUGUGGCGCGGCUCCUCCUCACGCCGUUCCCGUACAUUGUGAGCGGGAUUGUGACCGGCGGGCAGAAGCGCAAGAGUGAGAAGGCCUCGCUGCGCAAGGGCGUGUCGAUCUUGGUGGCGACGCCCGGGCGGCUGCUGGACCAUCUUCAGAUGACCAAGUCGUUCAAGCACAGCGGGCUGCGGUGGUUUGUGCUCGAUGAGGCCGACCGGCUCCUCGACCUCGGGUUCGAAGACACGCUGAUGGCCAUCAUCGAGGUGCUCACCCGGAUGCGAGUCUUCUCGUCGGAGCUUGUCACCGUUCUUGUCUCGGCGACGCUCACCGAUAACGUGCAGAAGCUGGCCAAGCUCUCGCUGGUCAAGCCCGAACUUGUGCUCCUGGAGGACUCGGAGACGUCGUCAUCACGGCUGGGGGCGCUUGUGCCGCGCAAGGCUGGCGAGCCUGAGCGCGAAGCGAGCGAGGGCGGGAGCGGGCCAACGUCAACCGACGUGCCGGCGCAGCUCCGGCAGUUCUACGCGGUCAUUCCGGCCAAGCAGCGGCUGCUCUCGCUCAUUGCGUUCCUGGCGUGGAAGACCAAGGCCAAGAACAAGAUCAUUGUGUUCAUGUCAUCAUGCGAUGCCGUCGACUUUCAUCACAAGCUCCUCACGACGCUCCGCGACGGGCGUGACAAGGAGGAGGAGGCCCGGAUCCGUGAGGCGGCGCGCGAGAAGGACACUGCCGCACGGAGCAAGCUCAACAAGCUCGACGGUGGGCGCAAGCGGGGCUCGGACUCGGACGCGUCCGACUCGGACGACGAAUCCGAGGCCGAGCUCUCUGACGAUGCGUUUGCGGUCCAGGUCCAGAAGCUGAUGUCGGACGCCGGCGCGAGCUCGUCGAGCGGCAGCGGCGGCGCGCUCUGGUCCGACGUGGCCAUGUUCCACGAUGCCGGCAUCUACAAGCUGCACGGGCAGAUGAAGCAGGCGGACCGGCAGGCGGCGUUUAAGGAGUUCCGCGAGGCCUCGCGUGGUGUGCUUGUGGCGACCGAUGUGGCGGCGCGCGGGCUGGACAUUCCGGCUAUCAAGUGGAUUGUGCAGUACGAUCCGCCGACCGAGACCGAGGAGUACGUUCACCGUGUGGGCCGGACGGCGCGGAUCGGCGAGUCUGGCUCGGCCAUGAUCUUCCUCCUCCCAUCCGAGUCUGCGUAUCUGACUACACUCGCCGCGCGCGGGCUUUCGCUCGGCAAGGUGGAGCAGAUCAAGGUGCUCAAGAAGCUGUACCCGGGCAUGUCGCCGCGCGACCUGGAGAACGCAUGUGUCACGCUGCAGGCGCGGCUCGAGGCGUACAUCGACGCAUCACCGACCAUGACCCAGGGCGCAGCCGCGGCGUUCCAGGCCUACAUCCGGGCAUACUCGGCCCACUCGCGCGAGAUGAAGUCAAUCUUCCAUGUCCGCCGCCUCCACCUCGGGCACAUCGCCAAGGCCUUUGCGCUCCGGCUCAUCCCCACCGAGCUUGGGCCGGACGUCGUCUCGGCCACCGGCCUCAAGCAGGCGCGGCCGGGCCGCAAGAAGUCAGGCAAGCCGGCGACCAAGCCCGAGGAGGUCUCGGCCGCCCAGACCGCCAUGCUCCGCCGCCAGCGCAUGAUCGCCAAGCUCUCCAAGAAGGGCGACACCAACAAGAUCAGCACCAUGCAGCGGCUGGCCGGCCCGGUCGGUUGGACCGGCGAGCAGGUGUAGGGAGUUAAUGACUCAAUGCUUGCCACCGGCCGAGAACAAAGCGGGUAAACCAGCCUGGUUGGUG